UGUUUGUUUUGUAUGGCUUUUACUGUUGGUAGCUUCACAGUAUCCUUAUGCGAGCUGUCAACGCCGGUAUUUUGGAAAUAAUCAAUGAAUGGAUGAUACAUUUAUCACAAAGCGCAUGUGCUCUGACUUUCCGCUUUAUCGUGUGAGGUAUGAAUGUUAAAAGUGCAGCUUUACAGCGGGCAGAAGAGGAAUAUCAGGCCGGCUCGGAGGCACUUUUUCCGGCUGCAGUAAGGCGAUGGCUGCUGGAUGCUGGAGGCUGUGUGUGUCGCUCUGUGUGUCUUUCUGCUUUCUGCUCGUCUACACACACUGUCACACAUGUAGUCACAAAGUGCCCUUGCCCUCAGAGGUGAUACAUGAUGUCUACCUGAAACCGGGGAGGCUGACGAAAAGAAGCACAGAAAAGCAGUUAAAGAUCCAGAUCGUUUAUGACUCCAGCUUGGAUGUGUUAGAUGAGGACAAGCGCAGUCUCGUGAAGGACAAACUCUUCCCACAAGCCAUUGAUUAUCUCCAGAGAGCUUUCAGGGUGCGUAGGCAGGCAGGUCCUGUGUUAUUAAGCAGACAAUGUGCAACAAAUCAAUAUCUGCGGAAAAAAGACGAGCCUCAUCGCUAUUGCCAAGAAGCUUGUGCAAAUAUCACAAAAUGUGGACCAGUUAUUGUGCCUGAGCAACAUUUACAGCAAUGCAGAGUUUGCAGCGAGACGUGGAAGUCAUGUGGGCCAGAUGGACCUCCAGAUGGUGAGGGCGUUGAAGGGGCAGAUUUUGUGCUGUAUGUGAGUGGGGUGACCACAGAGCGCUGUGGCCAAGAAAACAUUGUGGCCUAUGCAGCAUACUGCCAGCUGGAGGCAGAACUAGACAGGCCUAUCGCUGGAUAUGCCAAUUUGUGUCCAAAUAUGAUCUCAACCCAGCCUCAGGAGUUCGAGGGCAUGCUCUCCACUGUCAAACAUGAGAUUAUGCAUGCCUUGGGUUUUUCAGCUGGGCUCUUUGCCUUUUACCACGAUGAUGAUGGGAAACCUCUGACUCCACGCUUUGCAAGUGGCUUACCAGCAUUUAAUGAAAGUUUGGGCCUAUAUCAGUGGAGCGAUAAAGUCAUAAAGAGAGCAACACGAUUGUGGGACAUCCGUGGAGGUCACAUGAUUCGACAUGAGGUCCACCUGAUGGUCACGCCACGAGUUGUAGAAGAAGCUCGGAAACAUUUCAAAUGCCCUAUUCUCGAGGGCAUGGAGCUGGAAAACCAAGGGGGCAUGGGCACAGAGCUGAAUCACUGGGAAAAACGCUUACUAGAGAAUGAAGCGAUGACUGGAUCUCACACACAGAACAGAGUUUUUUCCAGGAUAACGCUGGCCAUAAUGGAAGAUACAGGAUGGUACAGAGCCAAUUACAGCAUGGCAGAAAACUUAGAAUGGGGCAAAGGUUUGGGCUGUGACUUUGUAAUGAAAAGCUGCAAAUUCUGGAUUGACCAGCAACGCAAAACGAGGCCCACGCUGACCCCAUACUGUGACUCUGUGCGAGGCAUGCCUCUACAGCUCUCCUGCAGGCAGGACCAGCUGGCAGUGGCUGUGUGCAACCUGCAGAAGUAUCCUCAGCCUCUGCCUCGAGAAUAUCAGUAUUUUGAUGAUAUAUCUGGAGUGGCUGAAGAGGAUUUGCCAUUUUAUGGAGGUUCAGUGGAGAUUGCAGACUUCUGCCCCUUCAGUCAGGAGUUCAGCUGGCAUGUGAGUGGAGAGUACCAGCGCAGCUCCUUCUGCAGAAUUCAGGAAAACCAGCCAGACUCAUGGAGGAAUUACGCAGCUGAAGAAUAUGGUCCUGACUCUGUUUGUCUGUACCAGAAGUCAGCCUUCAUCAUGGAGCAGUGCAAUAAACGCAUGACCUAUCCCGACUGGGGAAGUGGCUGCUAUAAGACAUCAUGCUCAGCAGAGGGUUUACAGGUGUGGGUGCAGGAUCAGAGCUUCCUGUGUGUGCAUGCUGGCCAGGUGCUUAACGUGAACGUGAGGAUGAAUGAGUGGGUGUACACUGGGCAGUUGAUCUGCCCUGCCUGCUCAAACUUCUGCAGCCACUGCCCUCCUCCUCACGAGCUCCCACCAAUCAACACUACUCGCACUGUCCGGAUAGACCCUUGCUCCAGCUCUUCUGGCUUGGUGGUGACAUUGUGGCGGCUCUUAUUCAACCUCAUUCCGUUGCUGGCUGGCUUCAUGCUGUGUGUGCGGAAUUAAAAUUGGUCAGUGUAAUGGUGUGAGUGCAGGGAGGAUGUGGGCGCACACUGCCGCAGGCUUCCUGCUGAGAUUCUUAAAGUAUAUUAGCAGGGAAAGCAAUGCUCAGUGUUAUUGUAUUGGUGUACACUGUCAUCUCUCCUGUGUACAUGAAGGCUGUAGUUAAAGUUAGUUGGAAAAAGCCAUUGACUGCACUUUGCUCUGUCUUGAUAUCAAGUGCCAGUCAGCCGUAUUUGAGACCAGAAGCCAUAGUCGUACAAGCAGGGGUGCAGCAGGUGACCUUAAAAAAUGCUGGUGCUAAUUUGUCUCGUCUUCUACAUAUCUCCGGUGGACACGUAGCGUUUUUCUAGAGUUGAUGAAGGUGAAUUUUUUUAAAUACCAGUGCUUGGUUGUGGAUCAGUGAACGUGAAUGUGUGUGGUGUGUCUAUAUAAAGUGGCUCAAACAAAUCCAGGAGAAACCUAAAGGUAAAAGGUCCAAACUCUACAUUUAAUGGUAAUGUUUGUUUGAAUUGGCAUGUACUGUAAGAACAAAAAAAACUAAGUAGCUCAUAAUUUCACUUUUUAUAGAUAUAUUUACUAUGAAGUUUUGUAUUUAUUGGAGUAAACAGUGUCCUGAACUGUGUCCUAGGCUUUUAAAUUGUACAUUUUAAUUAAGCAGAGACUGUCAGACUGAUUUAAUAUAACAACCAAUGCACUAGGAUGCACUAGGCCAGAUGCACUAGGCCAGUUUUGCAGUGUAAUCAUGCAAAUUCUUAUCUCCGAGUUACUAAAUUUGACGUUUGCAAAAGUUUUUUUUUUUCCUUUAGCAUGAAUGUCUGUGAUUAUUGUCACUUUCAGGCCAAGAUGGCAUUGUCAUUAUUAUCAUUCUAUCAGAACAAAGACCAGUUCCAUGCUUAAAAGUAUGGGGCAUGUAAGUUUUUUUUUUUUUUUUUUUUUUUUUUUAAAUACGUUUCAUGUAAAAUAUUUUGCUUUUUAAUAUUUGUUAACCUAACCGUUACACCAGGUUUGUCAUAAUGUGUUGAAAGGACCAGCACAUCGUAUACCAAGUUUAUAGCUUGUUUUGUAAACUGCAGUGGCAGACUCUGGACGUUCUUUAAUGAAGAUCUUUUAACAUUUAAGCUUUUCUCUUUUUAGCUUAUAACCCAACUGUAUGCUUAUUACUUGAGUGACUGCCAGGUAUCUGACAUUGGGUAAAGACAAAACACUGUGCAAAAGCAUUUAAUAAUUUGUAGAAAUUUCAGACUGUAAUUUAGAAUUUUUGUUUCAGUAAGUAUCUGCAUUUCUUAUCUAAUUUAUUCCUACAAAAGCAUUCAGAGUUCAGCUUGCACAUACAACAUUCAGGGGUAAACAGCAUGUUAGUGUUGAAGAAGAGAAUAUAAACAUUGUUAGUGUUUAUCUUAUGUUUCUAAUACAUUUAAUAAGUUAGAUUUCAAUUUAUUUCAGUCAUUUUUUUCUCGAGUCUGUUUUAAAAUGUAUGUAUUUAUUUUACUUAACUUAUAAGAGUGAAUUUUUUAGCCUAGUUAAUAAAACAUUUCAGUUAAUUAAAAGUUUUAUUACACUAAUAGAAUGUCAAACGUGGCAGCUUGCAUAAAUCAAACUACGUUAUCUGCAUCUUUAUUACACAACAUAUUGUGCAAUGACUCUAUAUAAUGUAUGUUAUAGCAUCAGUAACUUAUUUUGCUGACUUUUUUUUUUAAUUCAUGCCUGUGAAGGUGGUUCACUUGAAUAUAAUGUUUUUAGUGCUUUAUGAAUGAACAGAAAAUAAAUCUAGCUUCACUUUAAUGGUUUAUAACUGCUUUUUAUGUAAAUGCAGUACAGUGUUUUUAAAUGUGCAGGUUAUGCACUAAUACUGAUAAUAACUGAAUGGACCUUAUAGUCCCAGAAGUCUGUUCCUACUGAAGCCAGGGAAAAGAGCUUAUAAUGCACCAGAAAUCCUCCCUUUCCAUAAUUUAUUUCUACUACUUGUAGGUGGCGUGGAAUUGGGGUCUCUGUCACUGUAUGUGUCUAUAGUUCGUUUCACUGUUGGACUGAAAAACUAUUUUCCAUUACAGGUUUAAAGUUUUAAAAUUAAAAUUUUAAAAAAGGUUUAAAGGUUUAAAAUUGUUAACAUGACAUAGAAGAUAUCACACAGACACUGAGUUGGCAAUGUAAACUGAUGAUAUGUUGUAUCUGGGUAACACAAAUUAAUAUCCAUUGUUAACAUUUUUAGGUAUUAGACUUCAAUUUGCUUUGUUUACAUUAAAGUAAUCUAAUGAUUUAUCUAUUAACAAAGAACAUUUUAUGAUGUUUUUGGUUGUUGUUGUCAAGUUUCACUUUUUUCCUCAUGUGAGACUCAUUUUAAAUGCUAGGAAAAUUGUCUUGAUUCAGUGAUACAUGCUGAGAUUACAGCUUUUAUUUAUGUUUAGUUUCAUAAUUAAUUAUUAGAUUAUUAGUGUAUGAUAAUCUAUGAAAAUUGCGAAAAAAGUUUUUUGCAAACACAUGCAAACUUUUGCAAUAUCCAUACUCCACUAUUAUAGUUCAUCUGUAGAUUUAGUUGAUUUUAAAUGAUUUUUCCCAUCUAUAUCUUUUUACCAAUUCAGAGACCAUUCUGAAUUAACAUGCUUACAACAAUUCUUAUUUAAUUACAGGUCUGUUUAGUUACAGACGCCAUUCUACUAGACACAGAUUAGGCAUAAUGUGUACUAAAUCUUAUAUAAAAUGUGGAAAAAUCCUUUGGCCUGUGGCCUAAUCAUUGUCAGAUAUAUACACCCCCUACCUCAUAAUCACAGUUCUUUUUAUGUAUUUUUUUUUUUUAAAGAAUCAUGAAACCUAUGAGAAAUUUCACAAAUGCAGAUAGAUAAAUGAACAAGGGCGGAGUGUUUUAUAGGGAAAGUGUGACACAUUUGUGACAGACCAAAGACAAUUCUAUGCAGAAUGCAUGAUGGUUCUCACUAAAAAAGUCAUUCAUGGACAUCCUGUUGUCUUUUUUUGUUCAUGAACAGAAACUGAUGUAGAAUUUUUUUAUAUAUAUAUUUGCAUUUUUUCCCCACAAAUUAUUUUACAUACUGUGUAUUAAAACUAACUGUAGAACAAAUUACACUGUUUCUUUUUUGUUUUCCUGAAUAAAUAUUUCAUGUUAUAAUAGAGAGACGUCUGUGACUUUAAUGACUCCUUCAUGUUGGUGUCAGGAUUUUUAGAUAAUGGAUUUUUUUUUUUUUUUUAAAUCAUCACAAAAUAUUUAUUAUAGUUGA